AUGGUCAAUCUUCCACAUCCAUUCAGCAAGAUCCCUCGUCUCCUGUUGACCUAUGAUCGACCGGUAGAUAUUGAGCAGCUGCACCGACUCCCUGAACAGGAGGGGACCAAGGAGGGGGGCAUCUAUAUCGCCCGCGAUGACUGCAACUCUGGCCUAGCGUUUGGGGGCAACAAGGUGCGGAAGUUAGAAUACGUCUUGGCGGACGCCAUCGAUCAAGGUGCGGAUACAAUAGUCACGACCGGCGGGACCCAGUCGAACCACAUGCGCCAGACUGCUGCGGCUGCGGCGAAACUAGGUUUGAAAGUUGCUCUCUUCCCCGUCACUGCGGUUUCAUCAGAAGACCUAGAAUACAAGUACGCUGGUAACAUCCAGCUCAACUCCAUUCUCGGCGCCGAGACCUUCCCACCAAAUACGAGCAAAGAAGACGUCGUCGCUGCCCUCGAGAGUCGCGGGCAGAAGCCCUACGUGAUCCCCGCUGGCGCGAGCACACACCCCCUCGGCGGCCUAGGCUACGCAAGAUGGGCCUUUGAGCUCCUCGAGUGGGAAGACAAACACAGCACAAACAUCGGCAACAUUGUAGUCGCAGUCGGCUCCGGCUCGACCCUGGGCGGCCUUGUCACCGGCUUCAAACUUGCGCAGCAGCUUGGCCGGGAUGGUGCGCGGAAGCGACUGGUCGGGUACUCGAUUUUGAGGAAGCCCGAGGACGACGUGGCGGAGCUGGUGCUGGGAAUUGCGAAGACCACGGCGGAGAAGAUUGGGCUGGAUCCCAAGUCGAUCACAAGGGAAGACUUUGAGAUUGAUUAUGAUUACCUUGGGGGCUCAUAUGGCCACCUUGAUGAGCGGACGACGGAGGGCAUCAAGACGUUGGCUCGGACGGAGGGGAUCCUCACUGAUCCAGUUUAUACUGGCAAGGCGUUUACUGGGCUGCUGCAUACCGCCAAGGCUGGUGGGUUUGGUGGGAAAGCCACCCUGUUCUUGCAUACUGGUGGUCAGGCAGCUCUGAGUGCGUACCCGAAACUCACGCAGUAA